UGAAAGAGGGAGAGAAAGGGUCAGUGUGCAUUGCUGCACAGCUCCUUGCAUCUUGUAUUGCUGCACGGCUCAUUGCGUAUUGUAUUCCUGCACGACUCUUUGCCUCUUGCAUCUAGAUAAGACACAUUCAGUCUUCAGGUAACAGAGUUAACAUGCGAUUCUCUGUGGCUGGAGACUCUGGGAAAGAUUCAACUUUGGGAAAUGACAGCGCAUGGAGAGGAGUGGGCUUCACCAUUCCUUAUCUGUACCCCACGAUCUUACCUAACAACACCCAAAUGUCACCCAACUCUUCAGACCUUCUGUCCAGGGAUGAGGAGCUGGCUAAGGUUGAGAUAGCCGUGUUAACUAUCAUAUUUGUGGCUGCUGUACUGGGCAACUGUAGUGUCCUGCUCGGUCUCUACAAGUCCAAGAAGAAAAUGUCAAGAAUGCACCUAUUUAUCAAGCAUCUGAGCCUAGCAGAUCUGGUGGUGGCUUUCUUUCAGGUUCUUCCACAGUUGUGUUGGGAGGUUACUUACCGGUUCUAUGGUCCAGACUUUUUAUGCCGAGUUAUCAAGCACCUACAAGUGUUUGGGAUGUUCGCCUCAGCUUACAUGCUGGUGGUGAUGACUGCUGACCGCUACAUUGCUAUAUGCUACCCACUGAAAACACUUCAGCAACCUACAAAGAGGUCCUACCUGAUGAUCAGCGGUGCCUGGAUCCUCAGCUUUAUCCUCAGUACUCCACAAUAUGGGAUCUUCUAUCUGAAAGAGCUGGGAGAUGGAGUGUAUGAUUGCUGGGCAGACUUUGUCUUGAAGGAUGGAGCAAAAGCUUAUAUCACCUGGAUUACUAUUAGUAUCUUUGUGGUACCAGUGAUGAUCUUGUUGACCUGCUAUGGCUUUAUCUGCUACAACAUCUGGAAGAACAUAAAGUGCAAAACCAACAAAGAAGAAACUGAAGGCAGGAAAGGUAACAAUGGGUUACUAUUCACAUCUGUCAGCAGUGUGAGGACCAUCUCCAGAGCCAAGAUCAGGACGGUAAAAAUGACCUUUGUGAUUGUAUCAGCCUACAUCAUAUGUUAUAGUCCAUUCUUCGCCAUCCAGCUAUGGUCUGUAUACGCAGAGGACACCAACUGGACAGAGAAUGAAAACAUGGCUAUCACAAUGUCUGCCUUACUAGCCAGCCUGAACAGUUGCUGCAACCCCUGGAUAUAUAUGUUCUUUAGUGGACACCUACUACAAGAGUUCAUCACUAAUAUUCUCUGCUGCAGUAAAGUCAAGCAAAGUAUAAGCAAAGAAGAUUCUGACAGCAGCACCAGAAGGCAAACUUCAUUUACAAGAAUGUAGUCAAGAAGUCCAACCAAUAGUAUGGACACCUGGAAAGAGUCUCCAAAGUUCUCAAAAUCCAUUAAAUUCUUAGCUAUACAAACCUGAUAUUGGACAAGUGUUUCUCAAUAUUAGGCAGUAUGGCUUACUGCCUAAAAAAUAAUGCACUUCAGAUACACAAAAUUGUGAAAAUGUGAUAAAUAUGGACACACACACUUUAUAUGAUGUAUAAGGUAUUAUUUCAUGUUCUGUAAAUGUGUAUACACCCUAUAUAAAUUCUGUGUUCUUAGUAUAGAGAA